UGUCUCCCUCGAUGUUUUUCUUGCUGAACAUUCUCAACAUCCACAUGAAUCGCUCGUAGAAUGGGCGUGGUAUAUAAUGUGAGGUCCUCGGACACUUUUACGCUGCUGGCCAUGUGCCUGGCCUUGUUCACGGAUACUUUUGUCUAUGGAGUUAUCAUUCCUAUUCUGCCUUCGUUACUACCCGAUCGGGGUGUUACAACGGAUCAGGUAUCGAAAUGGACUUCAAUUCUGCUGGCCAGCUAUGGUGGUGCUCUUCUUGUUAGCUCUCCAAUCGUCAGUCUGUGCCACAAAUCCCGAUCGCGCAGAUUCCCAUUAAUCCUCGGCCUGCUGGUGAUUGCCCUUGCAACAGUCCUGUUUCUGUUCGCGUAUAACCCCCUCCUCCUGGUCGUGGCCAGAGUGUGUCAGGGAUUAUCCGGAGCUGUCGUGGGGGUGCUCGGACUUACGUUGAUCGCGGAAUCGGCCAGCCAGGAACAUCUAGGGAUCUACAUGGCAUAUGGGUCCAUGGCCCUAACAGGUGGGAUGAUAUGCGGGCCCGUCAUGGGUGGGAUAUUAUUUACCAAAUUCGGGAACUGGGGCACGUUUGGCACCCCCAUCGUGCUGUUGAUGAUCGGUAUUAUCUUGCCGAUGCUGAUCGUCGAGGAUGGCGUAGAGUAUCCGGCUGAUAAGGGGAAACGGCGUGUUUCGAGUGUAUAUUCUGAAUCCACAGAUCCCACGGAAGAGUCGCCGUUGCUGAAUGGGAUUGAGGAAGUGACACGGUUGAGUGCCUAUCAUUAUAUCCACCCCGUUUUGCUGGCGGUGGUGUUUGCCGUUAUCACUGCGUCGUGUGUGCUGUCUGCGUUUGAAACGACUCUCCCGCUGUAUGUCAUGGAGACAUACGGCUGGAAUAGCAUCGGAGCAGGAUUGAUCUUCCUCCCUCUCAGUCUGCCCAGUAUCCUGACUCUCCCCGUUGGCCAAAUUGCCAGCCAACUGGGACCUCGCAAUGUCAUCACGAUCAGCUUUCUCCUGGUUACUGGUCCAAUGAUUGCACUACGAUGGACAGAGAAUAUCGUAAACCACACCAUCCUGCUGGUCAUUCUGCUCUUCAUCAUCGGAUUCUGCAUGACAGCGGUCCAAGCACUCACCAUGGCCGAAGUGUCCUACACCACGCGGAUGAUAGAAGCGGCUCACGGACUAGAUGAAGAAGAAAGUAAUCGACUGGGCCGUGGAUAUGCGCUGUGCAACAUUGCCUUUGCUGAGGGGCAAUUCCUUGGACCCAUUCUAGGCGGGGUGGCUCGCAGUCAGUUGGGGUGGGGAGGAAUGACGAUGAUACUUGGGAUGAUGUGUUUUGUAGCGGGAAUACCGACAUUUUUCUUUCGACUAGAGGAAUUCGAUGAGGACGAAGAGGAGGAGGAAGAAGAAGAGGAAGAGGAGGAGGUGUGAGUGAGAAUGAAUGUGGGCUGACUCGGAUGGCGUUUCUCCACUGUUUCGGGUAAUCUUAGUCGAUCUGUUUUAUCUUUCUGAUACAUCUACGGGGUAUUAUUCUGCAGUAAUCUAUAUGAUCAUCAUUAUUAAUAAACGAGAUUUAGCAAAUGACGAGCACUGUUCUGCUGACUGC